AUGAUAUGACAAAUGUCAGUGGAUUGACAGGUGACAGUCCAUUGAUAAUUUUCAGAUAGUCUUGCUAGAAUCAAUUUUUAUCGGAAAAUAUGACUGAACUGUUAAUCGAUCCAAAGAUUCGCGUAUGGGUCUUUCUACCUAUAGUCGUUAUUACGUUUCUAGUAGGAAUUAUAAGACACUAUGUCUCAAUUCUGAUCUCAUCCCAGAAGAAAGUCGAAUUGACUCAAAUACAGGACAGUCAAGCUAUGAUUCGCGCACGACUACUUCGUGAAAAUGGAAAGUACCUUACCGCACAUUCCUUCGCAAUGCGACGACACUACUUCAACAACGAGGAGACGGGUUACUUCAAAACCCAGACCAGGCCGCCUGUGAGUCCCAAUUCCACGGCGAUGCUCUCCGAUCUGGUCAAAGGCAAUUUCAUCAACGUCCUGCCGAUGGUAAUUAUCGGUGGCUGGAUCAACUGGAUGUUUUCCGGGUUCGUAACGACCAAAGUUCCAUUCCCGCUGACGCUCCGGUUCAAGCCAAUGCUCCAACGUGGAGUCGAAUUGGCAUCCUUGGACGCUGCUUGGGUGUCGUCCGCGUCUUGGUAUUUCCUGAACGUCUUUGGUCUGCGGAGCAUUUAUACGCUAGUUUUGGGGGAAAACAAUGCAGCGGAUCAAACGCAGGCAAUGCAAGACCAAAUGUCAGGCGCGGCCGUUGCGAUGCCUCAAGACCCCAAGGCAGCGUUUAAGGCCGAGUGGGAGGCGUUAGAAAUCACUGAAUACCAAAGUGCACUGAAAGGUGUCGAAGCUGAAAUUCUGGCAAAUAUUAACUCAUCCGAGGGCGCGACGAUCUACCACCAGAGCAAGACGGACGACGCGUACCAUAGAAGCUAGACGAGAAAUUACGGUUUUGUAUUGUUUUCUGAUCGUUGUUUAGGUUAAACAUUUUUUCCUGUCCUGGAGGAGUCAAUAUAUUUAUGUUAGAGGGUUUGUUUCCGUCUCAAUAAAUUCGCUACGAAAUCUGGA